AUGCCCUAUCCCUCAUGGAAGAAAAUACCCCCAGAAGUUCGAAAGAUUUGGUUUAGAGAGUUUGAGAAGAGAUUUACUUGGCUGCCCCAUCAUGAUCCACUUAUUCGCGCUAAUUUUGAGAAGCGUGGGGCAACUCGAAUGAAAGAUAUGUUAUCAGAUGUGCAUGUUAGAAGGAUCAAGCCGGAUUGGAUUGUAGAUUCAGUGUGGGAGGCACUCUGCAACCACUGGAUAUCUGAACACUUUAAAAAGAUAAGUGUGCAAAACAAGAGAAAUCGUACUUUCUCUGAAAAUGGUGUUUCAUUGCAUACAGGUGGCUUCGCCCCUGCCACAAAAUAUGCAAGAAAGAUGGAAGAAGAGUUGGGUAGGAAGCCAACUGUAGCUAAAUUAUUUAUGCGCAUGCAUAUGAAAAAAAACAAGACGUGGGUUGAUACUAAAUCCGGGAUGACAUAUAACAAGUUUACUGAUAAGAUGAGUCAGCUAGAGGCAAGUCAGAGCACAGGGGAAGGGUCAUGUAGUGGUGAUCAACAUGCUGAUCAUCCUUUACCAUCUGAAUUAGACCUAUGGAAGGAAACGGUUGGUGGGAAGAGAAAAGGGAGGUUGUAUGGACUUGGUUUACAAUCCACAGUGGUUUCAGAUGCUUCUUCCCGGCAUUCAAGUUUCUCAAAUCAUUGGGAUGAAGAUGAAUACAUUCAAGAAAAAGUUAGGACUCAUGUUUCUUUACUUAGUGCUGAGCUUAAUACUCAGUUAGAGAUGGAACGAAAUGGAAGAGCUGAGUUGGCUACUCGUCUGGAGUCAUUGCAGCAGGAAAAUAUUCAAUACAAACGUUUGCACUCCAAGGCGAUGAAGAAGCUUAAUAAAACAAACAAGAUGGUUAGUCUUCUUUUCAAACAAAUGAAUGUCAAAGCUAUUUAUGGGGCUUCUACUUCAUCUCAACUAUCACUUGAUGAAGAUGAAUGUGAGGAUGAUGAAGAUGAAGGUGGGGAUGAGGAAGAUGAAGGAGUUGAGAGUGAGGAUGAUGAAUAGGAUUGGAUUACUUUGUGUUAAGUUGUUUAAUUGAAUCUUAUGAUGAUAUAUUGAUAAUCCUAUUUGAUAUACUGAAUUAUUUGAUGAAAUUGUAUCUGAAUUGCUUUUA